CUCUGUUCGGUGUUCUUCGUCCCUUUUUCUCCCCUCUGAAAUUACCGGGAAAAGAAAACUAGAAAGAUUAUAAAUUUUCGAUUUCGUUCUUAAUUUUGAUUUUUCCAGUGGGGUGGGUUUUAGAGAUUUUGAGUUUCCUUGGUGGUCAGUGUAUCCGGCCGACCAGAAUGCCUCGCGCGUCGAAGAGGAAAGCGGCCCCGCCAAGCUCCUCCUCCGUCGCAGCACCGCCGCCCGAUCAGUCCCGGAAGCGCACCGCCAAAGCAACAAGUAAACCCAGGUUAAAGGAGAGUGACCAGAUCGACAACCUAUUUGAUACGUAUGCAAACCGCUCGUUGGGCGAGAUUGAUCCCGAAGGAAUUGAGUCGUUGUGUUCAGACAUGAAAGUGGGAUACACUGAUGUCAGAAUCUUGAUGCUUGCUUGGAAAAUGAAAGCUCAGCGGCAAGGAUAUUUUACCAAGGAUGAGUGGCAAGCAGGCCUGAAGGCUCUCAAGGCUAAUACCAUAUUGAAACUAGUGAAAGCACUCUCAGAACUGAAGAAAGAGGCGGAGUCGCCAGAAAAUUUUGAGGACUUCUACUUAUUCGCAUUCAAGUACUGCCUAACAGAAGAGAAGCAAAAAGGAGUAGAUAUCGAAAGCUCCUGUGAAUUGCUGAAAAUUGUCCUCGGAUCUCAAUUCCAUUCCCAGGUUGAUUCAUUAGUUGAGUACCUAAAGGUCCAAAAAGACUACAAAGUGAUAAAUAAGGAUCAGUGGAUGGGUUUCCUUCGGUUUUGCAAGGAGAUUAGCUUCCCAGAUAUGGCGAACUACGACGAGAACCAAGCUUGGCCAUUGAUCCUCGACAAUUUUGUAGACUGGAAGAAGGAGAAAAGCAGCAGCAGAUAGUUUCUACUUAGACAGUUUCUAAUCCCUACUCCCGAGUAUUAAGGUUCUGUUAACAGUGAGAUGACCAUCGAUCUUCUUGUCUCGAUCACCCCAGUCGAUCUACUCGCAGGUCUUUGCCAGAACGCCUCAACCCUGACAAGUGGAGCAUUGAUAACUAACACAGAUAAAUAGGAAGAUACAUUUUUGUGUCAGACUCGGAAAAAGAUACAUUCUUUCUCUGUGUUCUGUUGUUCCUCACUUCUUUUCUACAAUCCUGUACUCCCAACUCGGAUAAUUUUUUAGUUGAGAAUGUGGAAGAAUAUUUUGUCACUUUUAUUCAGGAUGGAAUCAAACCAAAAUAAAAAUACCAUUGCAGUUUCUCUUGCAACUUGCAAGGGCCAACAAUGAUAGUGAGGAAGACUUUCAGGUUUGAAUACGCCCAGUGAAACCAAUAUAAAGUUUGUUCCUUUCUCUUCCCACAUGUCGAUUAUACGAGAUCGUACAACCUGAGACUAAAUUGAGCACCAAAACCUUGUUCUGAUCAGAUAAACUUGGCCGAAGCAAAGAUCAUCCAUCAGAUAUACAUAUUUUACAUUGUGUGCAUUGAACAGAGUACUCUGAAAGAUGUUUCUAUUCUACACAACUGCAGAGUGAAUAGCAUGGGGAGUUUAGCCUCUCGAAACAGUUUAGAGGAGAGCUAAUCAUUGAACUUGUAGUGCUUGUAUAUUGGAGCAGAAACCUCCCAGGUGCAGCUCAUCCCUUUGGGGAAAUCAGCCAAGUCACCCGCAGAGAUCACAACGCCUUCAUCAGACCCUUCUGGGUAAAUCUUUGCCUUCCCCUCCAGAAUGUAGGAUGUCUCGUUGGCGGAAUAUGUCCAUGGGAAUUUGCUUGGAGCGAACGCCCACCUGCAGCAAGCACAAAUUGUGGGAAAUCUGCAUUAGUUUCCAUAGUGACCCUGUUAAUGAUGGAACAGAGGAAUCCCCUGCUUCUGUAGCGUGGAAAGACUCCAACUUGCUCCUGGAAAUCCUCUCACCUGGGCCAAGAGCGGACGCCGAGGUCGGCGAGCUUGGAAUCGGGAGGGUUCCUGACGAUCUUCAUCCCUGAUUUCUUCACCUGGAUUCGCUUCUCAAUUUCCUCGCGUCUCGGGUGUAUAGCAGCAGCGCCCAAAUGAGCUGAAUCUGAUGGAGGGAUCUUGAGGUCGAGGUUGGAUGGAAUCGGUUGAGUGAUGAGCGAGCUGCCGUCUUCCCGUCGGUGAGCUUGACAAGCAAGAGCCAAGAGAGAUGCCACGACGGAGGCGAAGAGAAGGCGAGAGGCUGCCGGCGAUUGCAUAUUGGGAAGACUUUGAAAGUAGGAGGAAGAAGUCAGUGGCGAAACAGGGGAAUGGAGGGAGGAAAUGAGGAAUAUGAUUAUGAAGGCAGAGUCGCAAUGGUAGAGGAAGACUUUUUAGGCCAGGCCAGCGGAAGUCCAAG